CUAAAUUAGUGACCAACGAGCAAAGGCUAGUUCGGUAAAAUUAGUGGCUAGAGAAUAUGUGCAGCGUCGUCGUUGGAUCCACACAGUAUUUUGGUAGUUCGUUUUCUCAUCAGCAGAGGAUAGAUCAUAUACUAGGUCGUCUCAACUCCCUCCCUCUUUCUAGCUGUUCGGGCCGGGCUCUGAUUGAAGAUGUUCAAAUUCUUGAAAGGAGUGGUUGGCGGAUCGGGUGCGGGCCUCAAGGAUCUGCCAUAUAACAUUGGGGAGCCAUACUCUUCAGCAUGGGGCUCCUGGGUGCAUCAUCGUGGCACCUCCAAGGAUGAUGGGGCUCCUGUCUCAAUAUUCUCUCUUUCAGGGAGCCAUGCGAACGAUGGCCCUUUAACUGCUGGUCGUAAUGGUGUCAAACGCCUUCGAACGGUCAGACAUCCAAAUAUUUUGUCAUUUUUGCACAGUACGGAGGCUGAAAUUUUGGAAGGUUCAAGUGCAAAGGUUACCAUCUAUAUUGUGACUGAGCCUGUUAUGCCGCUUUCUGAAAAGAUCAAGGAAUUGGGUUUAGAGGGCAGCCAAAGGGAUGAAUAUUAUGCAUGGGGACUGCACCGGAUAGCUAAAGCUGUGAGCUUCUUGAAUAAUGAUUGUAAAUUGGUUCAUGGUAAUGUUUGUAUGGCUAGUGUUGUCGUUACUCAAACAUUGGACUGGAAACUUCAUGCUUUUGAUGUUUUGUCUGAGUUUGAUGGGAAUAGUGAAGCUUCUACUGGACCAAUGCUUCAAAAUGAAUGGCUAAUUGGUUCACAAUACAAACCAACAGAGUUGUUAAAGUCUGACUGGUCAGUAAUCAGAAAGUCACCACCUUGGGCUAUAGAUUCUUGGGGUUUGGGAUGCCUAAUAUAUGAACUCUUCUCUGGCCUGAAGUUGAGUAGAACCGAGGAUUUACGAAACACCACCAGCAUACCCAAGUCUUUACUUCAAGAUUAUCAGCGUCUUUUGAGUUCAAUGCCAUCCCGCAGAUUGAAUCCCUCUAAACUUCUGGAAAAUAGCGAGUAUUUUCAAAAUAAGUUGGUGGAGACCAUACAGUUUAUGGAAAUUCUUAACUUGAAAGACAGUGUGGAAAAAGAUAAUUUUUUCCGUAAGCUUCCAAAUCUCGCAGACCAGCUACCACACGAGAUUGUGCAGAAAAAGCUGCUUCCAUUGCUAGCAUCUGCAUUAGAAUUUGGCUCAGCUACUGCGCCUGCGUUGACUGCACUGUUGAAAAUGGGAGCUUGCCUUUCAGCAGAAGAAUAUGGUCUUAAGGUAUUACCAACUAUUGUCAAGCUUUUUGCAUCUCAUGAUCGUGCUAUUCGCGUUGGUCUUCUUCAGCACAUUGACCAAUAUGGCGAGUCAUUAUCUGCACAAAUCGUUGAUGAACAAGUUUAUAAUCAUGUUUCCAAUGGGUUUUCCGACACAUCUGCUUUUCUGCGGGAGUUGACGCUGAAAUCUAUGCUUGUUCUGGCUCCUAAGCUCUCGCAGCGGACAAUAUCAGGGUCAUUGUUGAAGUACCUUUCAAAGUUACAGGUUGAUGAAGAACCAGCAAUACGGACAAAUACGACCAUAUUGCUUGGAAAUAUUGCCAGUAACCUUAAUGAAGGGACAAGGAAAAGGGUACUCAUAAAUGCAUUCACAGUUCGAGCUUUGCGUGAUACUUUCUCUCCUGCAAGAGGAGCAGGUAUUAUGGCUCUGUGUGCCACUAGUUCUUAUUAUGAUGCCACUGAGAUUGCUACCAGAAUUUUGCCGAACAUUGUUGUCCUGACAAUUGAUCCUGACAGUGAUGUUCGAUCAAAAGCAUUCCAAGCUGUUGAACAGUUUUUGCAACUGGUGAAGCAAUACCACGAGAAGACAACAACUGGGGACGUCACAGGUACUGGCACGGGGAUUUCAUCAAUUCCUGGAAAUGCAAGUUUACUUGGAUGGGCUAUGAGUUCUUUGACUAUGAAAGGCAAACCUUCUGAGCAGAGUACCCUGGCUUCAUCAAACACAACUGCACCUCUUGCAUCUUCCACCUCUAAUGCCAGUUUCGUGUUGGAGGAUGCAAGUAUAGCGCCAGUCCGCGUGAGUUCCAAGACUGACUUAAGUCAUUUUGUUGAUCACAACCGACCUCCAUCCCCAGCAUCAACUGAUGGGUGGGGAGAACUCGAAAACGGCAUCCUUGGAGAAAAUGACAGUGACAAAGAGAGCUGGGAUGACAUGGAACCACUCGAGGAGGCAAAACCUUCCCCUGCUCUUGCAAACAUCCAGGAAGCUCAAAAGCGGCCAGUCUCUUUGCUGAAACCACAAGUUCCGAAUUUAAGACCUAAGAGCAGCACACUAAAGCCGAGUAAAGACGAUGAUGGUGACUUGUGGGGUGCUGCAGAGGAUGACCAUUCUUGUGCCGCCUCGAUUCCUAAGACUUCAUCCAAUUCGUUGAAUUUGAAAUCUGGUGGGUCAGCGGAUGACCACCUUUGGGCCUCCAUUGCAGCUCCUCUACCUUCAGCCGGGCAGAAGCCUUUGUUGGCUGGACGAGCCCGAGCAGGCAAACCUGCUGUUCCAAAGUUGGGUGCUCAAAGGAUAAACAGAACAUCCUCAGGGAUGUAAACUUCAGAUAUCAGAUUUGGGAUUCAAAUUCUUAUUUUCUUCGUUGUGUAAAUCAAAAUCUUCUUCCCCAUGUUUGGUUUGGAAUAUUCUUUUGGAGCAGAGCAGUAAUUUCUGUGUGCAAAAGAUUUUUUUUUUUUUUUUAACAUGAAUAUUAUAUUUCAUCUGUUAUAGAAUCCAUAUUUCUGCAAAGAAAAAGUUUGUUCUAAAAAAAGAAAAGUAUUAGCAAUUUU